AUGGGGACGCCCGAGUACGCGGCUCCCCACCACGUUGCGGAGGACGACCCGGAGGCCAACAGCAAGCAACCAAACAGCAGACAAAAUGACAAGCAUAGCGAAUCUGUAGCACCCGAUUUCGUGCGCUUGAAGCGCAGCGGGAGGACUCCUCUUGGGUUCUUGUUCACUGCUGCUGCAGCAGCCCUCGCGUGCUCUGCUGUUGCGUAUGUGAUCGUGUCGUGCUCUCUCGCAUUUGGUCGUCUUUCCUCUUCCCCGAAAGCUGCUCGUCUGCUUGCAGAUGGCCGGGGAGAUAUUUGCUCUCCGCAGGAGAGAGGAGCUACAGGAGAUCCCGCAGGAGAAGGGGAAGGGCCUCCCCCUCUGGUGCCGCCUCCUCCUGUGGAGGAGCUGGAGCAAACAGCGGGGGGGCAAGACGUUACGGAGCAGGGAGCGGAGCAGCUGGCAGCGCCUGCACCUCCCACAACGGAAGGGGGGGAAAGAGGACCGGGUGAUGAUGAUGAAGGCGGAGACAGUGAGGACGAGGAGACGCCGAGCGCGACCGGCCCAGCUUAUGAUGAUGCAGGAGAUACAGGGGAUCACGCAGGAGAAGGGGAACGGUCUCCCUCUCCGACAUCGCCUCCUGUGGAGGCGGGAGAGCAAGACGGAGAGCAAGGAGUGGGGGAGCAGGAAGCGGGGCAGCAAGGAGUAUGGGGGCAGGGAACGGAGGAGCUGCCCGAGCUUGCGUCUGCCGUGCGUCUGGCGUCUUCGCAAGAAGGCAUUCGGACAGCGGAAGAUGAGGAAGGACGACAGACUGAAGAGGAUGACGAUGGAGACGGCAUAUACAUGGAAAUGCGUAGCAUACCGAGCCCGACUUCUCUUACGACAACAGACAAUUUGGAGUCUGCAGUGACAGGCGAUCCAUGGCAGCGGCGGCCGACGACGGUGGAAGCGAUGAUGACUGCCAGCGAUUUUUGGCCGAGUGAAGAACCUGAGGGGACGAUUAUGGAGACGAAGGAUAUCGCAGCGUCGAUGGGGCAGAUGAUUGCAUCUUCUCCAGGAGGUCGCCGGAUACCAACUGAAGAGGAAAGCGUCUACAUGGACUACAGAGAAAUUGAUGCGGCUAUGGGGAGGCGGCCAGCUAGCCCAGUAGACGAGUACAUGCAUAUCAGCGAAGCCGCUUCCAUUAUGGAAGACUAUGAAGCAGAUGUUCUCUUCGGUUCGCCUGAUUCACGGCGUGAACAACACCGGCAAUUCCUAGAGAGAGGGCUCGUUUUUACAGGGGGCAGUGCCGCGCAGGGGAGAGCCCCUGCGGGCAGCAGACUGCCUUCGCCCACGUCGGGCACCAGCCAUAUGUGGGGAACUCCGUCUGUAAUUAUAACGCCGCCGCACCCCAGUGGAGCGCAUGCGACAGGCCAAGGCGGUGGAGGAGUAGCCCUUCCCCAGGGCGCAAGUGGGGCCGGUCCCUACCAGUAUGAAAGUGUUGGUUGGGGCAGUGGAGCUACUACAAAGGCAGGAGUGCAGGAUAGGGAGCUUCCUCCUCCACCGUUUCCGUUACCGCCGGACCUUCCACCUCUGGGUAUCUUCGGGAGCGUGAAGCAAAGGAGCAGAAGUGUUGGCGAUUAUUGUUGUUCAUAUCCGUGUUCGUGCAAUGGUCUUUGCCUUAGGGGGAAGGUGGAGUAUCGUCUGCUGCGGGGGGUGGAAGACAGGCGCAGUCUCUUCCCAGGUUCGGAGGAACGCCGCAAUGGCUAA